AUGGCCUCUGAGGUGCUUCUGGAUCGAGUUGGAAGCCUGGGAAGAUUCCAGAUCCUUCAGCUGGCUUUCUUUUGUAUCAUCAGCAUCCUACUGUUCCCUCAUGUUCUGCUGGAGAACUUCACUGCAGCCAUCCCUGGUCAUCACUGCUGGGUCCACAUCCUCAACAAUGAUACUGUCUCUGAGAAUGAAACUGGGACCCUCAGCCAAGAUGCCCUCCUGAGAGUCUCCAUCCCACUGGACUCCAACCUGAGGCCAGAGAAGUGUCGUCGCUUUGUCCAUCCCCAGUGGCAGCUCCUUUACCCAAAUGAGAGCUUCUCAAACAUGAGUGAGCCAGACACAGAGCCGUGUGUGGAUGGUUGGGUAUAUGACCAAAGCUGCUUCUCCUCCACCAUUGUCACUGAGUGGGACCUGGUGUGUGAAUCUGAGUCACAGAAAUCAGUGGUUCAAUCCCUACUUAUGGCUGGGUCAUUGCUGGGAAGUCUGCUGUAUGGUUAUCUUUCAGACAGGUUUGGACGGAAGAUCAUAUGCAGCUGGUGUCUCCUCCAGGUGGCCGUCUGUGACACCUGUGCAGCCUUUGCCCCCACACUCUUAGUUUACUCUACACUGCGCUUUCUGGCAGGGUCUUCUAUACUGACUGUUUUGGGAAACUUCACUCUUCAGGCGAUAGAGUGGACAAAUCCCCAGUCACGAUCUAUGGCUGUAAUGCUGCUAUCAUGUGCCUGGAGUGCUGGGCAGAUGUUCCUGGGAGGACUGGCUUUUGCCAUUCGAGACUGGCGCACACUGCAACUGACCCUGUCUGUACCUAUGUUUGUCUUCUUCAUGUCCUCCAGGUGGAUGGUGGAGUCUGUUCAGUGGUUGAUUAUCAACAAUCAGCUAGAUGAGGGCUUGAAGGAACUUAGAAGAGUUGCACAUAUAAAUGGAAAAAAGAAUAUUGAAGAGACCUUGACCAUUGAGUUUCUGAGAUCCACCAUGCAGGAGGAGUUGGAUAAAGCCCAGAUCAAAGCAUCAGUCUCAUGCUUGUUCCGUGCACCUAAACUGAGAGUCAGAGUCCUCUACCUGUUCUUUGUAAAAUUGGCAACUGCUGUGCCUUCUAAUGGCCUGAUACUCAACUUGCAGCACUUCGGGAGGAAUAUCUACCUGUUCCAGGUUCUCUUUGGAGCUGUUGCACUCAUAGGUAGAUUUGUUGCCCUUUGGACACUGGAUCAUAUGGGUCGUCGACCAAGCCAGGUCUUGUUCCUGUUCCUGGUAGGACUGUCCAUUCUGGUCAACACCUUUUUGAAUCAAGAAUUGCAGACCCUGCGUGUGGCUCUAGCCUCUUUGGGAGCUGGUGCUGCUUCUGCUGCUAGUACCAUCUCUGCAGUCCACCAACCUGAGCUCACCCCGACCGUAUUCAGGUCAACAGUUACAGGCCUCUGUAUACUGGCCAGUGGGAUUGGGGCAGCACUGGCUCCUCUGUUGAUGACCCUAAUGAGGUAUUCUCCCCUCCUGCCCUGGAUUACCUAUGGAGUCUUCCCCAUUCUUGCUGGACUCUUUGUCCUCCCCCUCCCAGAAACCAAGAACCUUCCUCUUCCUGAUACCAUAGAUGACGUGGAAAAUGACAGAAAAAGAACAAGAAAAGAAAAUCAAGAAGAUACUUGCAUGAAAAUAACACAGUUUUAA